CCAUUACAUCCUCUUUGUUUCUUUGUUUUUGUUCCCACCAACUAAUCAUAAACCACUUCAAAAUAUCUAUCUACUCUACUCCCAAUUUCCCAAAUAUGUCUUUGCUCUUUAAUUAUUUUUAUUAUCAUUCAAAAAUAAAUUAAAGAAACCGCUCCACUUCCGUUACUAUUAAUGCACAAACAAAGAAAAUCAAACAUAGCCUUAUAGUAUAGUAGUAUUUAAUAAUAUAAUAACCUCUUUUUACAUUUUCUAUGUUGUUGUACAUUUGAAAUGAGAAGAAUCAAGAAUGGGACAAGAAUCAUCAGAUUACAAAAACCAGUUGGUAUUAGAUAUAUGCUCCAUUUCCAACCGUUCAGUUCUAUGUGUUCAUACACUUUCUUCCUCUAAUGCACAUUUCAUUGAUUGGUAUUGCAUUCUUGGUGUGGAAGAAAAUGCAGGUGUAAAUACCAUUCGGAAGAAAUAUCAUAAACUUGCCUUGCAACUUCAUCCAGAUAAGAAUAAACAUCCCAAGGCUGAAAUUGCAUUCAAGCUUGUCUCUGAGGCCUAUACAUGUCUAUCUGAUGCUGCAAAAAGGAAAGCUUUUAACUUAGAAAGACACAAGCGCUUCUGCAUUGAGUGCAAGAAAAUUCCAUAUAAAUCCAACAUUAUUCCUAGCAAUUCUAAUGGUUCAAGUUUCAAGCCAUGGAACAUUAUCAGCAAAUCAAUAUCUAGUAAAGUUAGAAGAAACAUUAAGGACAUGAGAGAAAGAUUAAAGGAAGAGGCUAAGGUGAUAGAGAAUUGUCUAAGAAAAAAUUCAGUGUCGAAGAGAGAAUCUCCACUUUAUAAUCCACCCAUGUAUCAUCUACAUGGAGACAAGUCAGAACAUCGAGUUGAGAAAGAAAUUCCUGUUUUCAAUCCAUCAAAUUACAAGUACCAAAGUUACCCUCGUCCUAGAGACCAUGCUUACAAGAAUUCCAAGACUUUUUGGUACUUGCAGAAAGAAAAUAUGGUGCGCAAUGACAAGGGAGAUGCUAAAGCGAAGUAUACCUCUCCGGUUUUUGAAGUCAAAUCAAGUAGUAUGGACACAAGAAAAUUUACUUGUGUUUCGUCACAGUGUUAGCUUAAAUAUUUUUACAGCGUUGUUAAAUAGCGACACUGUAGCGCUAUAGCGUAGCAAAAUCUGAACAAACCGAUAUUGUCAUGUGAUAUGCUAAAUAGCGAUUAUGGUUGCGCUAUAGAUGUUGUACGGUAUCAAAAUUUGAAGAAACUGCUAUUUUUUGCAACUUGUGAUUUUUACAACGUUGCAAUUUGACAUUCAAUUCAUGUAAUGUGAUUGACCUAUUCUUGCUUCUUUAAGGACUAAUUGCAUUACA